AUGGCCGACGAGCGGUCGGGAGCCUGGUUCGGCUUUGGCUUCUGCGGCUUCGGGCAGGUUCUGGGCUCUGGGCGCGGGUACCAUGUACACAGCCCCGAGCCGUUGGAGGUGGACGCCCGCCACGUGAGUGCCAGCUGGAGCUACACGGCUGUAGUGACCCGUGGAGGCAGCACCGAGCUGUCGGGCUUGGUGCGUGGCUCGGUUGGCGGCUGCAGGGACGUGUGGGCCUCGGAGGCGCUCGUCGUGGUGCUGCGCUCGGGGUCCGGGUCCGGGACGGAACUGCAGGGCUGGUCACCCGGCUCCGCACUGCGCGAGGAGCCGCUCUGGACUCAGACCCUGGACCCGGAGGCUGUCGGGGAACUCGGGGUGCUGCCCCUGCUGCCUGGUGCCUGCGCCUACGUGAGCCCUCAAGCGCCCUUCUACCGGCCGCUGGCCCCUGAGCUGCGGGCCCGCCGGCUGGAGCUGGGUGCUGAGCAUGCGUUACUGCUGGGUGCUGUUGGCCACGUGUUCUCCUGGGGCGGUGGCAGGCAUGGACAGCUGGGCCAUGGGACCCUAGAGGCAGAACGGGAGCCCAGGCUGCUGGAGGCGCUGCAGGGCCUGCCCAUGGCCGAGGUGGCGGCGGGCGGUUGGCAUUCUGUGUGUGUGAGUGAGUCUGGGGAUAUUUAUAUCUGGGGCUGGAAUGAAUCAGGACAGCUGGCCCUGCCCUCCAGGACCCUGUCGGUGGAAAGGAAGACAGCCGCAGAGGAAGCCACUGGGCUGACCGUAGAUGGUUCUGAAGUGGCGGGAGCAGCUGGGGGUGAGGAUACAGCCCCUGCCCCCUUCAUCUCCGUCCAGCCGUUUCCGGCUCUACUGGAUCUCCCCUUGGAGUUGGAUGCAGUCAAGGCCAGCUGUGGGUCCCGGCACACCGCUGUGGUGACACGAUCAGGAGAGCUCUACACCUGGGGCUGGGGUAAAUACGGACAGCUUGGCCACAAGGACACGAGCAGCUUGGAUCGCCCCUGCCGUGUGGAGUACUUCGUGGAUAAACAACUCCAUGUAAAGGCUGUGACCUGUGGCCCCUGGAACACCUACGUGUACGCUGAGGAGAAAGGGAAGAGCUGA